AUGGUGACAUCCACGAACCAUGAUACACUAUCGUUCCCAACCACAAGCACAACCGAUGUUUCAUUCAUGUCUAUGCCACCACAUGCAAUUUAUUUUCCCGUUGCUUUUCAUGAUAGCGCUCUGUCGCAUAUGCAGGUGGUAGGAUACCCACAAGUAAUAAUACCAGUUGCAUUGAACCGUUCAACCGCUCAUCUCUACCAGCCGUCGUUGUUAGUUGAUGAAACACUCUCUCAUGGCAUACAAAUACCGUCUUCGUUGAACGUCGGUAACACAACCAUAAAAGUCGAUAAAAUGAAUUAUCCAACUACGUCUCGACCAGAAACCACUACGAAUGUUGAUUCUCAAAACUCAACAAGAGAAUUAGAAAAACGCUACCGAUGUGAAUGUGGUGUUUCAUUCAAUAGUGAAACCACAUUGGAAGGUCAUCGAAAGUAUUACUGCAACAGUGUGGCGAACCAUGCCGAAAUUAACCGUGAACCACAGAAGAAGGCACUGAAUCGAUGUCAACAGUGUGAAUUUCAACCAGCGAGUGCAAAUCAGCUUGCUCAACACAUUCGUGCCAAUCAUUCAGCAAUACGUGCAUAUGUUUGUCGAAUUUGUGGCUAUAAAGGCUACUCACAACGUGGUAUUCGUUCUCAUCUCAGAACUCAUUCGCAAUGCUCGAACAGUCACCACGAGGAUCUGAUCAAGAUGCACGUUUAUGUUGUAACACCAGAGUUGGUCAAGUUCGAGUGUUCAGAGUGUCACAAAACAUUCCCAACAAAGCAACAGAUGAAAGAGCAUAAUUGCGAAGACAGUUUAAACAGUGAACCUUUAUAG